AAAUAUAUUCAUCAAAUCCUACUUCGAACCAACAACCAGAGUUGAAGGAGGAGGAGAAGGGUGAAAGAAAGAGGAUAUGAGUGAAAGGACAGUACCCAGAAGGGAGAGUCCAUGGGGUAUGCCUGAGGGAGAUCACAGGCAACCGAAACCCCACAGAUGCAAUGACCGCGCUGAAGAUGUCAUACAAGCAUGCUUUGAAGGAAACCCAUUCAAAACAGUUCCUGGGCCUUUCAAGCUAUUUUGGCAGUGUAUGCGUUCAAAACCCGGGGAAGAGCCUACUCAGCCAUUCUACUACUUGGAAUUGGAGCCCCCUGUAAGAGAAGUAAAACUUGAGUAGUGACUUAUGUUAGAAUUUCCUAGACUCAGGUCUUAAGGUCAUCAUUCUGUCUUUUGAAUUUCAGUUCUUGUUAGCAAUGACUAUAUUGUGAUUCGAACUUCUCAUAAUUGUGAAUUUUUAUGUUCCCUGAACAAAAGAGAAAAAAAUGAUGGUUAAAACUCUAUCUUAGAGUAAAACACAAGAUUGAUGUCUCCUUUAUGGAUCAGAAGUUGCAUAAAAAAUUAUCAAUUUUGUAUAUUAGAGUUCUUGAUGAUUAUAGCAGGAAGUACUGUCUAGUUCAAUGGUUCA